UAAACGUCAAUGUCAUUCCCCGCAAAACAAACAUGAUUUUUAUCGGUAAAGAAAAGAAAUUUAAAACUGAUGAUUGAUAAUUCUGUGUAUGUGAUUAUAUAAAUUUAUUUGGAUGUCCCGUGGACGUUGAUAUAUAAUUAUGUUAUAUCCAGUUACACUUACACUGAAAUACGCCAUAGUGUUAUUAUUUGUGAUUGGGUUCGCUACUGAAACGACACAAUUCGAUGUAGAAGAUGAGGUGCCUUUAGAGACCACUGAACAGCCAGUCCAUGAAAUACCAAACGUUGACGAAUCGGAGUCUUUACUAUCUAAUGUUGUUUCAGACGUGAAUAAAACUUUGACGAAUCUCUACAACCAUGUUACAUCAGCAAAUAUAACCAUUGAGAAUAGCACACAGACUAUCAAUGAAACCAGGAAACUUGUCAAGUGCAAAGAUAUUGUAUAUGAACAAAUUGAAGAAUUUGAACCAUCAGUUGAGAUUAUAAAUGGAAGCUACUUAGCGAAAUUGCUUCAAAUAAAUCCAGAUAUUACUAGUCGAGAUGUAGAAGCAGACUGUGUUUUAGUACUAUUUUUUGCAAGAGCAUGUCCAUUCAGUGCACAUGCUGCACCAUACUACAAUGCAUUAGCAAGAUCUUACCCAAAUGUCAAGAUGGUAGCUCUUGAUGCUUUGAAAUAUCAUGGUAUAAAUGCACAGUAUGGUAUCGUAGGAGUACCUACGUUGAAAAUGUUCCACAAUGGUAGACCAGUAGGGAAAUUCAAUGGCACAGAAUAUAAUAUCCAGUCUUUUAGUAAAUUUGUUCAUGCUAUCACAGGACAGCAACCCCAGGGAUUACUUGUAACUUCCAAAGAUUUCCAAGGCCCGGUAUCAAGUGUAGUUGAAAAAGACACAGAUUAUUUUCUCAUUCUCUCUUGGCUGUUUAUCAUUAUAUGUUCAAUUUAUUAUUUUAUGCAAUCUAAAUGGUGGAAGAUGAUUGUUGAGAUGGUUCAAAAUAACUGGAGAGAAUCUGAGGCACAACAUGAACAUAAUGAUUAAUUUUAAGGACACUAUUAUAAAUAAAAAACAUUUUUAAACG